ACUUGUUAGCAAACCCCCCCAGCGUGGCCUGCCUGUCGGCCUGUGCGCUCUGCUCUGCUCUGCCUCGAGCCCUUGCUUCCCUCGCUCGCUCCGUGUGUCGACGCAGCAGGUCGGGAACCCGGGGCACAUGAGAAUUUAGUGAGCUGAUCCUCAUCUGGUUACAGGACCUGGACAGGACUCGUCUCUAGCAAGACAUUUCUGCAUAAAUGUACUCCUCAAUAGGUGUCCAUGGGCGAGUGACUAUGAACGAUUCCGUGGUGGAAUCCGAUCAGCAGUGAGUAAGUGUGGGAGGAGGCCGGAGGGAGCGCUAGUGCGGUGAGUGAGUGCCUCAGCAGCGCGUCGAUUUUCUUGCCUGGCCCGGCAGCGCAAGGGGGAGGAGGUGACUCGGGGCACGUGCUCCGCAUAAACAGACAGACAGGGUUUGAGCGCCCGAGUGGUCUUCGAACUGGUACUUCCCUCUCCUGUCUGUCUGUCGGAACUCCCUUUUCUCGCCUUCUCUCGAGCAGAGCAUUUCUCCUCUCCUUCGUCUCCGUCGUCUCUGGCCUUCUUUGCUGCCGGCGAAGCUCGAGCGCCAGAGGGAGGCGAGAAAAUGAUGGUGGAUGUGGUCAAGGAUGCGACAAGUGGCUUCGACAAGAUCGUGCUUCGAGAACCGCAAGGAUCCUCAGCUCAGGUUCAGCUCUUCGGUGGGCAAGUGACUUCGUGGAAGAAUGAGCGGGGCGAGGAAUUGCUGUUUCUGAGCAGUAAGGCAAUCUACAAACCUCCCAAGGCGGUCCGGGGCGGAAUUCCUAUUUGCUUCCCUCAGUUCGGGGGCCUUGGAUCGUUGGAGCAGCACGGGUUCGCAAGAAAUAGACUCUGGCAAGUCGUCGAGUCAUCGGCCCCUUUACCGACCAUCGUCAACGAUGGGAGUGCGGUGACGCCCAUCGUGAGCAACAAGGCGAUUGUGGAGCUGAUGCUGACUCCCACGGAGGAAGACAUGAAGAUCUGGCCACAUAAUUUCGAGCUUCGGUUACGAGUAGCUCUGGGCAGUAGCGGCGACCUAACCAUGACAGUGAAGGUCAAGAAUGUUGACACCAGGCCCUUCAACUUCACGUUCGCAUUGCAUACAUACCUCUCGGUGGCCGAUAUCACCGAGGUGCGGGUGGAAGGCCUGGAGACUCUAGAUUAUCUGGACAACCUGAAGGACGGAGAGCGGUUGACGGAACAAGGAGAUGCCAUUACCUUUGAUAACGAGAUUGAUAGAAUUUAUUUGGGUACGCCCACCAAGAUCGCAGUGAUUGAUCACGAGAAGAAGCGGACUUUCGUGUUGAGAAAAGACGGGCUUCCGGACGCGGUCGUGUGGAAUCCGUGGGAAAGAAAGUCCAAAGCCAUGACAGACUUCGGCGAUGACGAGUACAAGUUCAUGCUCUGCGUGGAAGCAGCUGCGGUCGAGAAGGCCAUUGUGGUGAAACCCGGUGAGGAGUGGACAGGGCGUCAAGAAUUAUCGGCUGUUUCAUCAAGUUACUUCAGUGGGCAGCUAGACCCACGCAAGGUGGUUCAUGGGUAAUGGCAAUGUUGUCUGGAUUGCACCAGGUUGCUUCCUUCAUAUGAGUAGGACUGCAUCUUGCUUAUCGUCAGGGAGACAUGAUGAUUUGAGUUCAGUCUGAAAAUUAGGGCUGUGCUUGUGGCACAAAGAGGUUUCUUCUUCACAGACUUGACUUGUUUCAGGAGUCAUCAGCAGAUAAUCUCUUGAUUGAAUUCUUCCGAUGAUACCACCACUUCCUCACUUUCUGCUGCUUGUCAAUCAUGAUACUGCUUCCUUUUCCUAGAUCUUCCAAAGCGCAUUUGCCUCAAAAUCAGACAAGCAUCAUCUCUCGAUUUUCUCUGCGCUUGUUCGCAGCAAUGACCCUUAUGUGCUCCUGUAAGUAGCAAACAUCAUUCUCCUACUCUCCUUUUUUCUUCUUUACCGUUGCGUACAGCGUUUCACGUUGGGACUUCGCCAAGGAUUGUUUGAUUGUGUGAGUGACAAUGUCUUGUGAGCCAUUCUUCAACACAUAGCGAAUUGCAGAGAUGGUCUCUACUGAUUCACAAUAGCUGAUGAUGAUGGGUAUCGGGGAGAUAAAUAGACGGGCGGUAUUGUAUACACGUAGGGUUUAGGGUACUACUACUAUUACUGCUACUUUGCGUUUUCCAUCUAAAAUAAUUGUGAGGAAAGAAUGUACGACAAAGAGUGGGUUUUUGUAGGACGGGGCAGACAAGUAGGAGCGAAUUUCAGAUGCAUCUGACAUGGUGUUUAUCUGGCGUUUGUGUAAGCAUAUGCAGUUUCUUGCACUCGAAUCGAGAGAUACAUGUAUUUUUAUAG